CAAAAUUUCCUCCACCCAUUCUCUUCCUCCUCUUCUUCCCCACCGACUCCACCGAUCCACCUCUUUCUAUCUGAAUUUCCUCUCGUCUUGCCCACCGCUCCAUCUGUCUGUUGCCUCUCUCUCUCGCAACCAAUCGGUUCUUGUUUCCUCCGUCUGCUGGGUUGAUUCUCUCUCUCUUCCUCUCCGUGGAGAGGAGAGGAUCGAGAAACAGGAGACAGGAAAGAAGAGAAAUCAGAACGGAGCCUGUUCUUUUGCCUGGAUUGCGGUUCUCGCGAGUUGUUCAGAAACUCUGGGCCAGUUUCUGGUCCUUUAAAAUACUGGAACGAGGAACCAUCAGAGAUGCUAAGGCAACAGACCAAUUGAUGUUAUCUCGCUACCCUAGUUUGGAUCAUCACAAUGCAAGGACAGAGGAAUUCUGUGGAGCAUUUUGCUGAUGUUUUUGGAUUCGACAUUGCAUCUAGUUCAGGCAACCCUGUGAUGGAUCAGCAGUCAUAUUGGAACAAUGUUCUUGGAUCAGUAGAAUCGCAGAAUCUUCAAGGUUAUCAGAUGAAUCACAGUGAUGCUGCCAUGCCAUAUGGGAAUGAGACACAGCAAGAUGGUACAUUUCUUGGUUUCUGGGAAUCAGGCGAAGCAAGUGCAAGUGGCAGCUCUAACAAUGCCAAAACAGAGCAUCUUAGUAUUGGCGGUGGUCUGAGGAUUGGUGAAAGGCGACUGGUAGCUGACAAUGGCAUUUCUCUGGAUGUGGAUAUCAACCUUAACGCCAACGUUAACGAUCUAUGUGGUCAAAGUUCAAAUGUUAACUGUACAUCUCAGGGCCCUGAGCACUAUGGUGGCGGUGAUCGUAGUGUUGUAAAUUCUCAGCCAACUGACCUGAGAUUACACCCAUACAGGACUUUCCUACUAGAUGCAGAGCAAGCAGAUUCUUUUACUUUGAACCCUAGUGAAAACCCUUUGUGUGAUUUUUCACUGAUGCAAGAAAGCAUUGACCAAAGACCCGGUAGUUCCCUGGAUGGACGCCGGCUAGCCUGCAAGAGAAAAAAUGUUGAAGGACCCAAUGGCCAGAGUUCAGCAGGUGCUAGCACUAGUUUUUCCCACAGGAACGACAAUGCUUUCCAUAACAUUGCUUCUUCAAGUUACAAUCCUGCACCUAUCAGAAAUCCGUCCUCACCCAAUUGCUUGCCGGUUCCAAGUUCUAUCGAUGAUCAACUCCCACGAUAUGGAACUAAUGCAGGGCUCUCAGCCGGUACCUAUGACCUUAAUGGAGGGGUCAACAAUGCUGGGAAUUCGCAGAGAAGUUUCCGGGCAAGAAUUACUACGUCUCAACAGAUUGCUCCCUGUAGUGUAUGGCCCUCUUCAAAUGCUAUCAGACUUCCUAAUUCAUGGAAUCAUCAGCCACCUCAUUUUCAAAGUGCAUUUGAUGAUACCCAGGAGGUUAUUCCUGUGGUCAGCAGCCUCAACUUGCAAUACCAGCAUCCAGUGAAUGUUUCUAGUGUGCCACCGGCUGCAAACCGUUUCACUGGCCAUGGAGCUUCAUCAUCGAGAGCUGGCAGUUUGGAGAACAGAAUUCUUGGUAGUCAAGAGGCUCCUACAAGGAAUGUGGUGCCUGCCAACUACUCUGAUUUAGUUCCCCCGUCUGUAGUAGACCCGAGACGUUUGCUGCCAGAACCAUCUAAUUGGAGUUCUGAUGUCCGAGGCACUGCAAUAUCAGGAAGUAUUCCUCCUGUAUCAAGAGCUAAUAACAGUGCAACUGUUAAUCCGCCAGCAGGAUUCAGUCACCAAAACCUCACCCGGCGCCAUCCUCGAAAUUUAUCAGAGGAGAUUGGUCGGCUAUCUGGAGCACUUCGCGGCCAUCAACCCCCACGCUUAAGGCCGGGGUUUCUGUUGGAGCGCCAGGGCGAUGGUGUUUGGGGUGUUCCUUUAUCAACAAGGGGUAGAGAAGGAAGAAGGUUAAUGGAGAUUCGGAAUGCACUUGAAAUGAUCCAUAGAGGGGAGAAUGUAAGGCUUGAGUCUAUCUUCUAUGGCGGUGUUGACAUUCACGAUAGACACAGGGACAUGCGCCUUGACAUUGACAAUAUGUCCUAUGAGGAGCUAUUAGCACUCGAGGAAAGAAUAGGAAAUGUCGGCACUGGCCUCAGCGAGGAAGCUGUGAUAAGGUUGCUCAAACAAAGGAAAUUUUCAUCUUGGACACUAAAAGCAUCUUUGGACCCUGAACCAUGUUGUAUCUGCCAGGAGGAGUACGCUGAUGGAGACGACCUCGGGAGGCUGGACUGCGGGCACGACUUCCAUGCUGGCUGCAUCAAGCAAUGGCUGGUGGUGAAGAACGUGUGCCCCAUCUGCAAGAGCACCGCAUUGAAGAAGACCUGAAACCCGAACGAAGGCUCGUGUCAGAGACACCCCCCCCCCCCCCCCCCCCCCCCAUGUUUCUAUGUUCACUCGACGGUUCGCGAGAUCAUUUGCCGAUUCGUAUUGCUACGCUUUUUUUUGUUGGUCGGGAAAAUUUUGCUGCCACUCACCUGCAAUUGGGAAAGGAAAAGAGAGAGAAACAGAGAGAGAGAGAGGAUGCGGUUGCGGUCCUCUGUAAACUGCUGCUGCAGUAAAUAAUCCCUGGAAUAUGUCUCCCCUGCAUUCAACCAAAUAUUUAGUAGCUGUUAUAGUGGA